AAGGAGGGAGGGAAAUAGAGCGAGCGCGCGCCACACACACUACGAGGGAACCCCAUCAGCUGGUAGAGUAACCUUUACAACUCAACACUCAUCGCACGCGCUCAUGCCCAAAAUCCUCAGGAUACCCGCAGAUCUGCUUUUUAAAUGCGAAACAGACACGAAAAAGGUGUUUUAUUUUUAAGCCAAUAAAAAGUACGUGGAAUCGAGGAGCCAGAGCUGGAGAGAAGACGGAAAGCAUGGAGUAUUUCAUGGUACCAGCUCAGAAGGUGCCCUCCUUGCAACAUUUCAGAAAAACCGAAAAAGAAGUCAUAGGGGGCUUGUGCAGUUUAGCGAACAUUCCCCUCACGCCAGAGACUGCGCGGGACCAGGAGCGGCGCAUUCGACGGGAGAUCGCCAACAGCAACGAGCGCCGGCGCAUGCAGAGCAUCAAUGCUGGUUUCCAGUCACUGAAAACACUCAUACCGCAUAGUGACGGAGAAAAACUAAGCAAGGCUGCCAUCUUGCAGCAGACGGCAGAAUACAUCUUUUCUCUGGAGCAGGAGAAGACGCGGCUGCUUCAACAGAACACCCAACUCAAACGCUACAUACAGAAGGAGUUCAGCGGCUCGUCCCCGAAGAGGAGGCGCACGGAGGAGAAGGAUGAAGGCAUCGGGUCUCCAGAUAUUCUGGAGGAGGAGAAGGUGGAGGAUCUUCGGCGAGAGAUGAUCGAACUCCGCCAACAACUGGAUAAAGAACGCUCCGUUCGCAUGAUGCUGGAAGAACAGAUCCGUUCAUUGGAUGCUCACCUGUACCCUGAGAAACUAAAGGUGAUCGCCCAGCAGGUACAGGAGCAACAAGUGCAGACGCAAUCUCUGCUUCAGCUACAACAGCAACAACAAGAACAGAUCGGGAAAGAGAGCACCCCUACCCGCAGCCCACUGGUGUUUUCCCCUGCCACGCCGCCUGCACCCACCCAUCACGCCACAGUAAUUGUUCCUGCCCCAGCGCCGCCUCCCCCUCCCCAUCAUGUCACUGUGGUCACCAUGGGCCCCACCUCCGUGAUCAACACAGCAUCCACAUCACGACAGAACUUGGACACCAUUGUGCAGGCUAUUCAGCACAUCGAAGGCACGCAGGAGAGGAUGGUCGUGCCCGAGGAGGAAAAGCGUCGGGCAGUUAUCGUCACCUCAGGGCGUGUCCUCCCAGACACCGCCGACUCCGACACCGCCUCCGACAACGAAAGGUCCGAGGACUGUUAACUGUCCCAGUCAACCCCCCACCUGUAAUGGGGGGGGGGCACGGAGAGGGGGGAUCAGAGGGGAAGGGCCUCCCACAGAAAUACUCUUUCUUUCUCUAUCCGCUCUCCCUGAUGCUGUCUUCUUCAUACUUGCAUUCGGGACUCAUAAAUAACGUUGACAGACCACAUUACUUGAAGGUUUAUUGACAUGAAAUGAUGUUACAAGAUGUGCUGCAAACAAACAAGCACUCUCAUGUACACAGUACACUGUAACUCCAUAGCACUCUGAUAACUUGAUACGUUCAUAUGCUAUAGAUAUGAACAGAUAUAACAUGCUCUUUUUCAUACUCAAUUGAAUUUUCUUCCGUUUCACCAAUGCACGCUCAUAUGUACUUGAUUUUGUGGAAGAGUCACAAAAUCUACUUGGUAUCUACCACAUGAAAUACAAUACUAAUAGUCUUUCUCUUCUUUGCUCACCUGUGGAGGUAUGGAAGACUGAUUCUGGCCUUUUUAAUGCCUCUGCUACAUCAAUUCCUGUCCCACAUCCUGCCCAUAAGAGGGCAGGUGAGUUUUCUGUUUGGAGGAGCCCAAUCCCCACUCUGCAAGAGGGCAUCUCCAACCCUCAAAGUCUCAUCUCUCAAAACGAACUUUUUAACCUUUGCCCUGCCCCUUCGGGAUUUUUAAAUUCCUCUUUCUGUUCUGGGGAGUUUUGAAGCAUCACUGUGAGCCAAUGAGACUUCAGAAACCUGUUUCCACACCAUGGCUUCCAAUACCUUAGAGGAAAUGUUACUUUUUCUUUUGUCGUUUUUGGUGCAGAUUUGUUUCCAUUGCCGGUGAUCUGUAGGGGAGUGCUUUGGAUCACUAAAGAAUCAGUAGUCAUUUGUCAUGCUUAAACGAACUCCAGAGUUCUCAGUCGAGGGCCAAAAAUAGCCGCCGUUUAGAGGGGCUUCUUGUUGUGUGCACUUUGUAAAUAACGCAAAGUCUUUCCUGUGUCGAUGGAGGGGGACGGUGCACUUAUUGUAGCUCAACUUUACUGGGCUGGGUUCCCAGUAUGCACGUAUGUGUAGGUGAGGCACUCCCUCCGUCAUGUCAAGCAUCCAGUCUUGUCCUCAAGCCCUUCAAAUUCUGGCCAGAUUUUAUGUGUCGUUUGUAUGUCAAGUGGAAUAAGCUAACCGACAGGUAGGUAUACCUGCAAGGAACUAUGACUUUUGCGUGCAAUUCCUAAGCACACAUGCUUGUAGAAGCUUAAAGGUCAUGUUUUAACGGAAGUGUUAAAAAGGCACUACCAGGGUUGUCAUGGCCCUAUUACCGCCUAUGCAGCUCCACACCUUGAUGGCUCUUUCGUCAAGUACCUUUUGGUUCUUGCCCCCAACAAGAGGACACUUUUCGAAGUAUCGUAAUGUCCAUCUGUCCUUAAGUAUAUGCUCUGCAGCCUGUAGUAAUGUUUACAGCUGCACGGAAGAGUGACUAGCCUGUAAUCUCGUGCACUAGCUCGAUGCACUCGCUGGUUCGCUCGGCUCGCUUGAAUGUUUUAUUUUUCCUCUAUCUUGCCGUGUAUGAUGAUUACGUUCAUACAUGUGCCACAGAUAAUCCCAUUGACAAUUUUGCAUUUCCAUAUGAAGCCAUGCGAUACUGUGAUCCCUCUUGAUCCCUGUUAGGAUCAGGAGUGUGUACCCUGUGAACAACUGCCAGGUUUGUAGAAGGAGGCGGUGACUUGCCUUAACACAGCUUCACUGUGCGUGGAAGCACAGAGGCCUGCCUUAAAACUAGCCCUGAAGGUGGCGCUGGAGGGCGGCAGUGAUGGCGCCGCUUCUCGCAGAUGUAUAUGGCUUGACUGUCGCAAAAGUAGCCUGCCCCACGUUCAGCCAUUCUUGCAAGAACAGGGUUGCCGGUUCCAAACAUUCCAGAACAUACUACCACUGCGUUUGUGUUUUGUUGGGUUGCCAGUGGCAAGAUAUAUGGUUUCGCCAUAGAUGAAGAGGUGACGCGUAUCUUUUUUUAAAUUUGAUUGAGAAAAAAAAUGGAAGUGUUAAUGUCCCCCUCCCCUCUUGAAAUAUUACAGGGAAUCCUUUGCUGCUGGACAGAUUGUUUUUCCUUCUGGAUUUUUAAGGUGCUCUGUGGACCUUGUCGUCUUUAUCGCAGUCAAAGACUUCAGGGAACCAGGGCUUUCAGAAAAUGGGCUGGUCGAUUAUUGGCAAAAAAAAAAAAACAAUGUUUUAUUUGAAAUCACGCUUUUGUAUUUGAAUAAUGGUUCGCUUGGGUCGAAGAGACUUCUGUCCUGCUCGUGCUGUCUUUUUGUUUUAUGUUGAAUCUGUAAUAACGGUUUUGUCUUUGAAAACAAAACAAAUCUCAAAUCUCUCUGAUCUCCCAGAUUUGAACAUUUCCUCUACCGAAGCCACAGUGUGUCUUUCUUUUUUUUGUGUACUUUCUACUCACAGAUAGCACUGUAAGAAAUCUAGAGGACAUAUCAGAGGUUGUGUGUGUUGAGGGGAAUGGACGAAUGGGCGAAAAUGAACCUGAAGCACUUACUGUAGUAUAACGUGGAGGGAAUCCUCUUGUUUUCAAAGAGGUCUCUCCUCGAUCAAAGCUCUUUCUGCUGUGAUUUGAACCGCAUAGCUAUGUAACCCUCAACGUUUUCCUAGCACACCACGUCCCUCUGGUCAUCUCUGUUCCUGCAGUCUCCAGACUUGUCUUGUCUCUCAUCCUCUCCCUCUACUCUUUGUCUGUCAUCCCUUUUUAAUAUUUUUGUUUUUGUUGUUUUUUUUUUCUUCAUGUGGGACAGUCAGUCCAUUUGGUUGUUGAGAAGCUAUUGUAUUUUUUUUUUUAAACUGGGUAAAAGAGGCUUGUGCCUUUUGUAA